UACGUAUUAAUGGAGAAAACAACAUCAUCCAUACAAAUUAGACCUCCGUGUUAUGGGAAUCUUAUAACAAUUCUUAGCAUUGAUGGAGGAGGAAUUAGAGGAAUCAUUCCCGGAGUUAUCCUCGCGUACUUGGAAUCACAACUACAGGAGCUCGAUGGUGAGGAUGCAAGACUAGCAGAUUACUUCGAUGUGAUUUCGGGAACAAGCACAGGCGGUCUCAUUACGGCCAUGUUAACAGCACCAAAUGAAAAUAAACGACCUCUAUACGCUGCCAAUGAAAUAACGCCGUUUUAUCUUAAGCAAAGCCCUCAAAUUUUCCGACAAACAAGAGGAAUUUUUGCUUCGGUAAUGAAUCUAGUAAAAGCUUUAGUUGGACCCAAAUAUGAUGGGAAGUACCUUCACAAGCUGUUAAGGGGCAUAUUGGGGGGCACAAGGUUGCACCAGACCUUGACUAGUGUUGUUAUUCCAACGUUUGACAUCAAGAAUCUCCAGCCUACCAUAUUCAGCUCAUACCAGGUCACAGACGCUCCAAUCUUAGAUGCCUUAUUAUCAGAUAUAUGCAUCGGCACCUCAGCAGCGCCAACAUAUCUUCCUGCCUAUUCUUUUGAAAACCAUGAUCAACAAGGGAAUGUGAAAGAAUUUAACCUCAUUGACGGUGGUGUUGCUGCUAAUAAUCCGGCUUUGGUUGCUGUUAGUGAGGUGACGAAACAAUUGUUGAAGAAGAAUCCAGAUUUCUUUCCCAUGAAGCCCAUGGACUACGAUCGUUUUCUGAUUAUAUCAAUUGGGACGGGCUCACCCAAGUCCGAACAUAAAUACAAUGUUAAAAAAGCGUCCAAGUGGGGACUUGUUGGGUGGUUAUACAACAAUGGAUCUACACCGUUGGUAGAUAUUUUUAAUCAAGGAAGUGCAGAUAUGGUUGAUUUUCACAUUUGUGUGGUUGCUGAAGCUCUUCAUUCAGUAGAUAACUACCUCAGAAUCCAAGUUGACACUUUAAGCGGCGAUUUAGCUUCUGUUGAUGUGUCUACAGAGAAGAAUUUGGAAAAUCUUGUGAAAGUUGGUGAAGACUUGCUAACUAAAACAGUUUCGCGGGUGAAUGUGGAGACUGGUAGCUAUGAACCAAUUGAAAAUGGUGGCACUUACAAGGAAGCACUUACAAAGUUUGCAAAAUUACUUUCUGACGAAAGAAAGCUCCGACAGUCAAAGUUCGUGGACAUGAAAGAAACAAAAUAA